UAUUAAAAUAUAUUCAAAGAUAAAAGUCAGUGAAUUACAUUAAUUAAAUCUUAAUAUUCUUGAAAAAUGAUUUACAAAACGUAUUCUUUUGUUUUAAUUUUUGUGUGUUGUUUUUAUUUAAAAGAUGUUUUUGCAAAUAUAUUUAUAAAGGACAAUACAGGAACACUAAUUUGUCAUAUGACGGAUGAUAGUUCCAAACAAUUUGGGAAUCUGAAUAUGAGUUUUGUAAAUGUGAAAAAAGUUGUUGCACAAAUUUAUUUGCGUCAGGAGAAUUAUAAUAGCAGUCAAAAAAAUGAAAAAAAAUUAGAGCUUAAAAUUACGUUCGAAGAAGAUAACAUAAUUUUAAAUCACAAAGAAGACAAUGCAAUUUGCUUAUACAAUGAAAAUGGUAAUAAAAGAUUGAAGAAAUUUAUUCAAGAUUUGGGUUACGACAUUGAAUUUAAAGUAGUUGAAAAAAUUAAGAAAAAUAAACGUUUAAUAAAUGAUGAAAUAUCAAAAAAAAUUAUAUUUGAUCGAUUUUUAAAAUAUAUGAUCUUGCUAUCUGUUUAUGCCUAUAAAAUUAUAAUUAUUCAACUUAAUUCAAAAUCAUUUUGGGGACAGUUAUUAGAAGUUUCUAAAAAAAUAAAAAAAGUAAUGUUUAUAUUGGAUCGCAAUAAUGAUAUACAUUUCUACAUGGACCAAUUGAUAAAUGCAAAGAGUAAUAGUCUGAUUGAAUUAAAAGGAUUGGCAGAAGAAUGCGCAAAAUAUUUUAUGGAAAAUGGAGAAUUGACAAAAUAUGAUUUUCAAUACGAAUUUACAACUUCCGAUCUUUACGAUAAUCCCAUACUACCACAAGAUUUAAUAAAUAAAUUAUUAAAAGGAUUUCCCAAACAUCAAAAAAAUGAAAAGUCAUACAAUUUUCAUGAUGUACCAGAAAAUCUAGAUAAAAUAAAGGAAAAGUUAGAAAUAAUUUUUAGUUUAAUUCACGCAGAAUAUAACACAAUUGUUUAAUUAGAUUUGUAACUAUUCAUAAGUUAUUUGAAACGUGUAUUAUAAGAUUUAUAGUAAUUUGUCAAACUAAUUGACGUUAUAUUAUAUUUUACGAGAAAUACCAAUUAUCAGUUUGUAUUUUUAAGUUUCUAUAAUUACAGAACAAUUGUAUAAAUAUGUCGCACGCAAUAUCAUUACAAAAAAAAACUUAACAUUAUUUAUUUCUUUUAAGAAAUUGUAGUGAUCAGUGAUUUAUAAAAUUACAAAAAAAAAAAUU